AUGGCAAGCAACGAACCAGACUUAACUAGGAUUCUAGGUGGUAUAUAUGUUGGUAGUAUCGAUCCUAUUGUAAAACACACACCUUUACAUGCAGAAUACAACAUUACCCAUAUUUUAUCAGUGAUCAAGUUCCAAGUAAUCCCAGAGUAUUUGAUUAGAAAAAACUAUACAUUGAAGAACAUUCCUAUCGAUGAUGAUGAUUAUACUGAUAUAUUACAAUAUUUCAAUGAAACUAAUACUUUUAUAGACAACUGUUUGUUUCCAGAUGAACCUGAAUAUUCACCUGAACUAGUUGAUUUCAAAAAGAAGCCUCAGAAAGGUGCUUUAUAUAUUCAUUGUCAAGCUGGUAUGUCUAGAUCUGUUGCUUUCACUGUUGCAUACUUGAUGUACAGAUACGGUUUUGAUUUGAAGACUUCAUUGCAUGCUGUUAAGAGAAAGAGAGCCAGUGCUCAACCUAACGAUAAUUUCAUAGAACAAUUGAAACUAUUUGAAGAAAUGGGUGGUAGGUAUGUCUCUUUAGACCAUCCAAUUUACAAACAAUGGAAGCUAACUAAUUCUGUAAAACUAGAUCCUACUGGUAAUGAUAUAUUGGCUGAUGACAACAUGUUCAGAGAAGAUGAAGAAAAAGAUUUAGAUAAGAUGUCUCCAGAAGAUAUGGAAUCUGUCACCGUAGCGAGAUGCAAAAUGUGCAGAAAACAUUUAGCUAUGUCAACUUCUUUUAUCAAACAUGAGCCUCCAAGUAAGGAGUCCUCUGAGGGUCAUUUUAUCAGAAGAGCGGCUGGUUCAAGAAGAAUUAUUGGCAUACAGGAUUCCCAAGCCAUUUGUUCACAUUAUUUUGUUGAACCUUUGAACUGGAUGAAAGAAGAAUUACAAGGUAAACAAGAAUUAGAAGGUAAAUUUUUAUGUCCUGGUUGUAGCAGCAAGGUCGGUGGUUACAACUGGAAGGGUUCCAGAUGUAGUUGUGGUAAGUGGGUCAUCCCAGCUAUCCAUUUACAAUCCAACAAAGUGGAUAAUGUAUCUCUAACAAGAAAAACCUUACCAAAUAUGAUAAAAUUUGAAGGUAAAAACUAG